AUGCACUUAUACACCGCCUUCAAAGCCCUGACCGUUCUCGCCCUGAGCGCUUCGGUACUCGGCGCUCCGGCGAGCCAGCACGGAAACAGCAUCGCACCGGCCGGCAGCGGCAGCACACAGACCGCCGCCGCCGCGGUUUCGCCUCCUCCCGGCUCAGAGAACCGCGCCGAAGCCUGCGUGCGCUGCAAGGACGUGCAGCAUCCCGAAGCCCGGGCGGACGAGCCCAAGAAACUGAGCGCCUGGACCAAAUUUUGCUACAACUGCCGCUACCAGGUCCUCGACAAAAACUUAUACAUGACAUACAACACGGACAAGCCCAAGGACAAGGCCUAUAUGGAUUGGCGCAAGGAAAAGGUCAAGGGCAAGUCCUGGGACGGAAUCAGCAGCAAGAGAGGUCCGAUUUACACCACGCACGGGAGGACGUGCUGCGGGCGGUCGGUCGUCCUUGGGGAUGAUAGCAGUAUAGGCGCUGGCCGGCAGUGA